AUGAGCUGGUGCAAUCCAUCAUAUACAAUUAUUAGUUUGGACUUUGCCCAUGGCUACUUAAGGUUUAUAGCUGUAUACUUUGUUUCUUUAUUUUUAUGGGGGUUUUAUAGAUAUCACCAUAAUCUUAAAGUAGAAGCCAAGGUAUGCUCACUUUCACCUGGAAAAGAAGGUCUGAUUGGAUUUAGAAACAGCAUUGUUGGUACCUCUCUGAGAUAUGUUUACUUAGCUUUAAUUUUAUUGUCCCAAAUCUUUUUAUGCAUUGUAGUUUGGAAUGUCGUUUGUGCAACUUCACUUGAAGUCCAGCCUUACUGGAAUACAAGAGCAAAAACCUACAUUAUAUUUUAUGUAUCGGGACUAGUAAUGUGUCUAAUACUUCACUUUUUAGAGCCUUUUUUUGAGACAUUCUUUUACUUAAGAGAGUCUUUGGAUAAAUGUACUUAUGUUAAAUCUAAAAAAAAGCAAAAUUUGAUUCAAAUUCUCAAAAAUACUUUCAAUCAAGCAUUCCAAAAAGAGCCAUCAAACAUACAAUUGGGUACUGCUGGUUUGGUUUUGCCAUUAUUGAAAGUACAAAAAAGAGCAGACAAUACUAGAUUUAUCUGUCAUAACCAAGUUACAUACACGUAUUUAGAAUCUGAAUCAGGUUUUGUUUGUUGUGAUCAAAGUAGUCUCUAUGAACUUUUAGGCAAGAAGGAACUUCUUAAGAAUGGUCUAAGUUCGGAAGAAGCUAAUAAGUUGUUGAAUGUUUUUGGAAAAAACACUAUAGAUCUUGAAAUUCCAGGAAUAUUACAAGCUUUUGGGAAAGAGUUACUCAACCCUGUUAAUAUUCUCAGACUAGGCUCUCUUUGGCAAGGAAUAUUUCUGAGAUUCUAUAUAUGGUCAGUUCUUUGGGCCAUCAUGAUUCUACUUACAACGUUUAAAACUCUUCAAGUAAUUAUCUUAAACCAGGAAAACAUUAAAAAGGCACUUGAAAACUACAUUGGACGACCAAUCUCAGUUUUGAGAAAUGGAAAGAAAGUCAGAAUACCUUCUCACGAGCUUGUUCCUGGUGAUUUAAUAUUUCUUUCACAAGAUUUAACCGCUCCUUGUGAUAUAUAUCUAGUUUCAGGGUGUGUUACAGUUAAUGAAUCCUUUAUUACAGGUGAAUCAAACCCUAUAAUCAAGUUACAAAUUGAUAGAAACUUUUUUUCUAGUAUCGCAAACGAUCAAUCUAAUAGUCAAAAUCGGAAAUUUACCGAAUCUGAGUUAAGCAACCGAGCAUGUUCCACUUUAGAUUCCAUUAAUUUGGAUCAUUUCGAAACUGAUUCUAAAGAGGAAAGUCAUAACAUUUCUAUUCAUGACUCACAGAGUAUUACUGAAGAAAAGCUUAGACAAAAAUCCAUUUUCAUGGGUACUAAAAUUAUCAGCUCUCUCUCAUAUGAUGAUUCUUCAAAAAUUGCAAUGGGUGUUGCAUUCAGAACUGGAAUAUACUCCUCAUAUGGCCAACUACUCUACAAAUCAGUACACUCAUUUUCCAAUAUAAGUCAAUACUCUCUCUCAAAUGUGAAAUAUAUAAGAAAUCUUAAAGGACUUUGGUUAAUAAUGCUUUUAUCUGCAUUUGUUGCAAUUUUAUAUCAGAACCAUUUACUUGGAUGGAGUACUGGAUCAUUUUUCUUUGCUGUUGGAACCUUCAUACAGUUACUACCUCUUUGGGCACCUACAUGUAUCCAGUUUUCCCUUAAUAAAAGCGUAGAAAGACUUGAAAAACUAUGUUCUCUCUCUUCUACUUUUCCAAUGGAUAUUCCUUUAGCUGGAAAACUUAAAGUUUUAUGCUUAGAUAAAACUGGUACUCUCACUACAAACAAAAUGGCCUUUAUUGGUAUAAUAAAUACCAUAAAAAAUAAUAAUAACUUUGGAUACCCUAAUAAUAAAGCAUAUCUGUUGGAAAAUAGCAAUCCAAAUGUCAAUCCUGAAUUACAAAAAUCCAAGGAAUCUAAAAACAGUGUAACUUUUGAGCAAAACAGAAAUUCAUUCAACAUUUUUGUCCAUUACGAACUGGCAUGGGAGACUUCCACCAUUUCAUAUGAAGAAGAGGACCCUCUAAUCAACAAGUCAGCUGGAAUGCUAAUUCACCCACAUUGUUUGGAACCACAGCUUCUUCCUCCAAUCACUGACUUAAAUUCCCUUUCAUCUGAUGACCUCUCUUACAUAGGGUUGUGCUGUUGCCACAAUAUUGUUCCUCAAGUUACCAACAAUGGUGUUAUUUUAAUAGGUAACGAUAUAGAUAAGGCACUUUUUACUUCUACUAAUGCCAAAAUUAAGAUAUGUAAUGAAAGAAGAUUUAUUUCUCUCACUGGAAGAGAUACUAAGGAUUCAGGCUCAGUUGAUAAUAUUUACGAAUACCCCAUAGAAGUUUUAAGAAUUAACGAGUUUGACUGGAAUAAUCCAUGUAUGUCUGUAGUUGUUCACCACAGAAUAUUAGACAGAUACUACAUCUUUUGUAAGGGAUCUUUUGACGUUUUGGCCAAUCUUUCUCCAAAAAAAGAGGAAAUAGCUACUGAAAAACACAAGUUUAUUAAUACUUCAAAUAAUUGGGAUACUGAGGAUGAUCAGGAGCUUGUUGAUGCUUUUGAGGUCCUCAAUUCUUCGAGUGAAAUCGAUAGUGACCUCUUAAAUAAGUUUACUUACUUGAAAUCUACUAAUGCCCAAAGACCCUCACACCAAAUGAAUGAGCAUAGUAUUGUUGAUGCUUAUAGUAAAUUGGGAUACUAUAUUAUGGGUAUGUCUUUCAGAGAAAUUAAAGACAAAGUUUUGAUUGAUGCACUUCUGAAUAAGCCAAGAUCUAAUGUUUCCAGAAACACAUUGGAAUCUGAUCUAAUAAUUAUUAGUUACAUUUUACUUCAAAAUGAUCUUAGACCAAAAACCAGAGAGUUUGUGGAUGCUAUCAAAAUGUCAGGAAUUAAGCCAAUAAUAUUAACAGGAGAUUCAGCAUUCACAGCUCUAUCUGUUGCUCGAAAAGCAGGAAUUAUUUCUAAUAAGAGCCCAGUUGCAAUUGCAGAUACAAUCAUGGAUCUAACUGGAAAUGAAACAAUUGUUUGGUAUGAUGCUAUUACAGGAUCUAACAUGAUUAUUUCUCCAAACAAAAUUUAUGAGUCCACUGAAUAUAGUUCUCUGGUUGUUACAUCACGAGCUUUAAUGUUAUUAAGAUCCAAAAAAUACUUUAGACCUUCAAAUUUUGAGAUCGUAAAUAUGAAUCCAUCCUUAAACUUCAGCUUCUUAAAAACAUAUUGUAAAUUUGACAAGUUAUCUUCUGAAGAGUUGUCUUCUCAUUCUUUGUUAGAUCUUGUCUUUGAUAGAAUUAAGAUAUUUGCAAGAUCAAAUCCUGAACAUAAAAGAAUUGUUAUUUCGGAGUUUAAGAAGAGAAAUAUCAUAACAGGUAUGAUUGGAGAUGGAGUUAAUGAUCUACCUGCAUUCAAAAUGGCAGAUGUAAGUAUUUCAGUUCAUGAGAAUUCUUAUUAUUUUAAUAACUUUAUAAACAAAGAUGAUGAUCACACUCAAGAGGACUAUAAUAACAAUAAGAACUUCAAUACCACCACAGAAAAUUCUCCAAUGACUUUGGCAUUUUCUUCCUUUUCUAUUGAAGCUGACAAAAUUAUGAAGGUUCUUGAUCUUAUUCGAGAAGGUAGGGCAGCAAUGGUUACUACAAUCUCUCUCUUUAUGUUCCUUCUGUCACAAGGCGUCUUUUAUUCAUUCUACAAGAAUGUUUUAUUUGCAAUUGCUCAGGCUAAUCUUCCUGUGAUGUCAUACGUCUUUAUUGAUGUGAUUCUUGUUUUUCCUUCUAUUUGGCUCAUGAUAUUAUGUAAACCAAAGAAAUACAUUAAUUCUAAUAGACCUACUGGAGCUUUACUUGGAAAAAGAACUGUCUUAUCAUUUAUAAGUUUAUUAGGAACAUGCUUUGCAUUUUAUUAUAUUGUGAUGACCAGGUUAUUCAGUGCCCCUUGGAUGAUCCCUUCCCUUAAACAUAAUGCUGAAAUACCUGUUGAAAGAUGGUUUCAACGGCAAGAUAACUUUGAAGCUUCCACAACUUUUAUUUGGAUGGGACUACAACUAUCUUCACUAUCACUUAUUCUUUCCUUUGGAGGUCAAUUCAGAGAAAGUUUUACUAAAAAUAAACGUUUACUUUCCUGGGUAGCUUUUUGCCAUGCUUUCCUUUUAUAUUUGUGUCUCAGCAGUCCAAAUGCACUAACUUGCUUAUUCAGAGUAAACUGUACCGACCAGAUUGAUAGGUUUUGGAAAUUUGAAAUCUUUGGUUUUAAUAUCUUUACAAUUACAGGGGGAAGAUUCCAAGGAGUUGGAUCUCAUAAUGUAUUUCCUCUGAUUUGGAAAGUAGAAUUUAUAUUUUGGAACUACUUUUCAAUUUUCUUCAUGUCACUCAUUUAUUGGUGGAUAACAUCAAAUUCUAAUUUUAAAAAAGUUAAAUUUAAUGUUUACUAA